AUAGGUUUGGCGGGCUACGCAUGCUCAUGUUUGAUUGGAAAUUGCACAGUGCCUUGAGCCGGAGAGAGUGGUGGGUCCAUCUACAAAGAGACAAAAGGAAAGCUAUGAAUGGUGAGUUUACCUCACAGAUCUGAUGGUAGAUAGCUUGUCGAUGAAUGAUGAUAUCAUGGAUGUGUUACCAACUGAACAUAACAACUUACUUUUACCAAACAUCUCUGUUGCUGAUGUCAGGUUCUAUAGUAUAAGGCAUUACACUACAAUUGAUGAAGAUAAUAGAAGAGGUUUCAUUAAUAUUUACCAAAAAGGGGCAUCAUCUUGAUUUUGUAUCUUAUUAUUCAAAAUAACUUACUGUCAUUUUAAUUUCUCUUUCAGCUGCUUUCUCCCAGAUUUAGACCAUAACAGAUAACCGCCACAGAAGAAAACCUCAUUUGUUUGGUGGAUUGACAUCAUCAUCUGUCGACUUCUCUGAGGAAGUUUCUCCUGGGAAUUUAAGUUUGAAAGAGAAACUCUAUCUGUUGGAGAAUGAGUUCCAGGAGGCUGAUGACACGCUCCUACUCCGCGGGGGACGGGAGGUCCAGCUCCCACAAUGGAGAUGAUGUCAUAGGGAGUAGCAGAGCCAGCAGCCGCAGCUACCUCUCUAGUGUCAGGCCUGAAAACAGGUACACAACCCUGCAACCCAACACAGGAAAUAUUACUGUACCUAAACAAGCAACAAGAAUGUAAUAAUCUGUUUAUUACCACAUCCCUCUCCUUUUGAAAUUAAGUUUAACCAUUGAUUCAGCAUCAUUGCAUUAUGAGGUCUUAACAAUAAAACAAUAAACAUGGAAUUUAUAAUGCCAUUUUCAAUUAAAAUGAUUGGAUGGCUUGGAUUGAAAUGAUUUCUCAGUGUGUUAGUUAGUUAUAGAUAGUUGUGUUAGUUAUAUUUACAUUACAUUUACAUUUUAGUCAUUUAGCAGACGUUCUUAUCCAGAGCGACUUAUCUUAAGGUAACUGGGUGAGACAACCACAUAUCAAAGUCAUAGUUGGUUUCCAUGGUGUUGUUUACUGUAUUUAAGGCUGUUUGAAUGGCCAGCUGAUAGGCAACACUCACUACCAGCUCAUAAAAAGCUAUGAUCAUGAAGGUCAGCUCUCAGCUCUUUAUAAAUAAACUGCAACUCACUGCAUAAGCCUGUGUAAAUUCAAACCGUCUUCCAAAAUGCAUCCCAAAAAUAGAAGAAAAGUUGAUGAAAAUCCAAUCUUCCUACUACUGGGUAUGUCCACUUAUGACCAAGUGCGUGCUGCAACCUAGUAUGAACUAUCAAGUCAAGUUAAAACAAGUAUUCUUAGUUGUAAUUCAGUAAAAUAUUAAUGGUACAGAUUGCAUCAUCAUGUAAUACUUGAUGACGUCACUUAGUGUUUUUCCACUGUCAGUGGUUUGAUCUUGUUUUAUUGUUGACACUAGGCAAUAGUCAUUCCAAAUAAAUAAUGAAACAAACCAUGUCCUUAGCAGCACCCUAUCGUAAUGAUCUGGCAGAGAGACUGAAAAGAUGACAACACCUGACAGAGUGACUAGACCUACACAUAAACACUCUGUUUAUGGCCAUUAUUACAGCCAUGAUAUAUCCACCAAUUAAGAUGUUUCAAGCUAUGGUGUAUGGAGUGAUAUUAGUGCCAACAGAAAUAGAAUCUGAAUUCAUUCAUUUUCAAUUCAAAUUACAUUUCUGAAUACAAAUGCAGUUUUUGUUGUCACUCAGUAAUGAUCCUUCAAUACCUGCGUUCUGUAUUGAAUGCACUAUAUUCAUUUAGAGUCAUGUAUGUCUCAUUACUGUAAAAUGAAUUUCAUAUGGACUAAAAUAUGGGAAUUUGAUAAGCAAUUUGAUAACCAAUGAAAUGUGAUAACCAAUUAUAAUCAUUUGAUAACCAAUUAAAAGCAUUGAUAACCAAUUUGAUAAGCAAUUAAAAGCAUGACAAUGGGUGAUAGUUUAUGUAAGAGCACUUCUUCAUGCCAGAAUGCCUAUGCAUUGUGCCUGAUGAGCUGCUUCUAUUUGCUUCCUCUCUGCAUAGCUACUCCAGUCACAGCUAUUCUCAGUACAGGCCAUCAAGGUACUGUCAUGUAUUUGUUUCAUGAAAUUCAUUUCAACUAACACCAGCACUUGCUAUCUUUUAGCUUUUCUUUAGCCUGACUUAUGUUGCCUCCCCAUGAUGACAUUGAGGAUGAAAGUUGGAACAAUGUGUGCUUGGUGAAAUAUGUUGGCUUAUAUUUGAUUAUAGUGAUAUUGGAUUGCACCAGAUAUUGCAUCACAAACUACAUAACACCCAUUUUGACCUCUGCAAUUCUUAUGGAAAGCAAGACAAUCCAUGGAAAUCAAAUCACUAGGAUAUGGAAUCACAUUACCUUACAGUAUGUAGGGUUGAAUGUGUUGAUAAAAAUGUGUUUACAUAUUUUACAAACUAUUGCAUUGUAUAUACCGCAUAUUUUGGCUAUCUUCCAUUGCCCUUAUAGAAGAUUACAUAUUUAGAAAAUAGCUUUGGCCCAGGUGAGAGACAUUUGUUUGAAUUUGAAAAUGUAACUAAGUGUGUUAUGCAGGAGCACACUACAUUGUGUUAUGGCACAUUUAACGGAGGAGACCCAGCCAUCCUUUGAGACAACAUUAAAGUCAAGAGCCGUAUCUGAAACCUGUAACAUCAAGUUCACCUGUGAGGUGUCAGGUAAACUCUCCUCCGGUGUGUGAGUGGGUGCAAUACGUUGUUUGUAAUAGCCUACAUACUUGGUUGUUGUACUUGCUAACCACUAUUAUCUAUCUGAAGAUUUUACAGUAAGUGCGAAAUGUAGUCUUUAUCACUCUCUCUCGGUUUCAAUUUGUUUUCAGGUCACCCCGCUCCAGAAGUGACAUGGUACAAAGAUGAUUUGCAAUUGGACAGAUACUGUGGACUACCUAAAUACAACAUUUCCCGCAAUGGACAAAACCAUUCAUUGCACAUUUACAAGUAUGUAUCAGGCUCAUAAUUGUCAUUUGUAUUGAAGUCAGUUUGGUUUGUAUUGAUGCACCCAAAAAUGAUUUAUAGCGAUGUAAAAUAAUUGUGCAGCAACUGUAUAAUACAAGUAUCUAUAAUUUGUUUUCUUUACAGUUGCACUAUGGAGGAUGCAGCCAUCUACCAGGCGUCAGCCAGGAACAACAAAGGCAUUGUGUCUUGCUCUGGAGUCCUUGAGGUGGGGACGAUGAGCGAGUACAAGAUCCAUCAGCAGUACUUCGCCAAGAUCAAACUGAAGGCCGAAAACACACGCAGAGAGCUGGAGGAGCCCAAGCUGUGGGACAAGGAGAACCACGGGUCUCCUGCUGGUCGGCAGGAGACACUGAGGACCAUCAGUCCAGACCGGUCCCAGAGGAAGAGACGGUCCCCCAUGGACCCCAGCCUCAGCGCCCCCUGCUCUGUGGAGGAUGAAGGGGUUGAGGAGAACGCUCAGGCUCAUACUGGGGAGGCAGAGGCCAGGCUACAGGACACACCUGUGGGGGGAGAAGAAAAGCGGGAAACUAACAGGGCUGGGGCUUCCAAUGUCAAUGGACAGGCAGCCAAUACAGAGAAUAGCAGCAGCAAAGGCCUGACGUAUGUUUACGAUUCAGUGCAAAAGUCUUUUGCUCCACACACGCCAAACGCAUCACUGGCCAAGAAGAAGAUAAAGAUCUCCAAUGGAGAGGAGAGUGGGAUGACGGCUGAUAGCCAAGCAGGGAAUGGGCCUGAGGAGAGAGGGAUGAGUGAAGGAGGAGAGGUCAGUGUGACACCCUGUCUGGUUGAGUCCUCACCCUCACUGGGGUCAUCAGAAGAGGUCAUGGAAGUGGAGAGUGCUGUUGAAACUUCAGCCUCAAAGACAGAGAGUGUAAAAUACAUGAAGCAGCCUGAGAGAGCCCCACUGAACAACACUGUGUCAGUAAUGGAAGAAGUGAAGGUCCAAGUGAAGGAUAAAGUACCUGUACAGACCCCACCACACAACGGACAGCCUAGCAUCCUGUCUCCUUCUACUGGGGUCCUCUCUACAGGGGAAACCAUCUCAGGGAAUAAGAGUCAGAAUGGUGCAGUGGCUCAGGUGACGCAGAAGGUUGGAAAUAACAAUAUUAUGGGGAGUCAGAGUACAGUUCCUCCUGUCACCUCAUCACAAUCACAACCAAGUCCUUCAGCUAAACUAAAACCACAACCAAGUCCUCCUUCAGCGAAACCUCAACCACAACCAUGUCAACCAAGUCCUCCUUCUGUGACGUUACAACAACAACCGAGCCAUAUAGUAAAACCACAACCACAACCAAACCCUUCAGCGAAACCACAACCACAACCAAAUCCUCCUUCUGGGAAACUACAACCACAACCACAACCACGUCAACAAAGUCCUUCAGCAAAACCACAACCAUGUUCCUCAGUAACCCCACAACUACGUCAACCAAGUCCUUCAGCGAAACUCCAAGCAAGUCCUUAUGUGAAACCACAAUCACAACCAAGUCCUUCUGCGAAACUACAACCACAACAAAGUCCUUCAGUAAAACUACAACCACAACCACAUCAACAAAGUCCGUCAGUGAAAUUUCAACCACAACCACGUCAAACCAGUCCUUCAGUGAAAUUACAACCACAGCUACAACCACAUCAACCAAGUCCUUCUGCGAAUCUACAACCACAACUACAACCUCAACCAAGUCCAUCUGUAAAACAACAACCACAACCAAGUCACUCUGUUACGCCACAACCACAAGCAAGUCCUUCAGUAACAACUCCACAGGUGUUAAGCAACACACCAGAGGACAUUAAACCCCAUCAAAGCAAUGUAACAGACAUGGAGGUAGACGAUAAGCCUUCUGCCCUGGAACACCUAAACAGCACCACUACUCCCCUAAAAGCUCAAACUGAAUGCCCAGUGAAGGGUUCAGCAUCAGUGCUUGUGGUGCUAAACUCAGAUACAGUUGAAGUUGCUGGGGGUUCAGUGGAGUCAGUACUAACAACACCCUGUAAGAGCAGCGAGGCUGUCUCUGCCUUGCCUCAGCGUCUGUGUGAACAGUCAGGAGAUCAGCUGUCUGUGGAGGAAACAAGCACGUGCCCAAAGAAUGUGUCUGUGUCUCGGCUGCCUGCACUGCUGGGCGAAGUGGUGAGUGUCUCUGCCCUGUCCCUAUGAGCUCAUGGAGCGCCUAACAUUUCCAACACACACCAGCCAGAUCAGAUCAGUAACACAAGCACCCACAGGGCUAUUAUUAGACUUUACAAGUAUGCCCCUCUCUGUGUGACAAGACUUAUGUGUAAUGAUGCAUGUGCUGGCACGGACAGCAGCUAUAUUACCACUGCUACAUAUCGAAUGGCUGAAAACAUGAAUAUAGAGAUCGAAGAGUACCUCAAGGCUUAUGUUGUGCGUACGCUUUGUGCAAUAAGGAUUUUGGGAGGUCAACCAUCUUAGCUGGUUUGACAGUGUGAGGCUUUAAGGCUACAGAGAAUGGUCUUGGUGGCGGAAAACACUUGGCAUGAGAGUGAAAAGCACAAUGGUACAGAUGGUUUUGGGUUGGUCCAGACAUAGAGAGAGGCAGAGAGCAUGAGGAGUAAUAUGUUUGCUAUCCUUGAGAGUUGAGCUGCACUGUUAUCCUCGUCUUUCAGUUAAACUGUUGGUCGCAGCCAGGCGAACAGAGAGGAAGAUGAUGUCGUUUUUUUGUCUCUUAUCCAAAAAAUUGUAAAUCAUUUUAGGCAUUGAUUGUUUUUUCUCUCCAAAGAAGACAUUUAUGAUUUCAUACUAUUAGGGCUUUUUGAAACACUGCACCUUCUACUGAACCAAAGUCAAGGAAGGUCUAGAAACAAAGUACUGUGAAAAUAGUGCUGAGACAGACCUCUGUUCCACUAAAGCACCCCUUUGAAUGAGCCACAUUCCAUUGUCUCCUCACUAAACCUAAAAACAUUCCAUGUUUUAGUCUGUCUACGUGGUCCUCUGUAGCUCAAGUGGUAGAGCAUGGCGCUUGUAACGCCAGGGUAGUGGGUUCGAUCCCCGGGACCACCCAUAUGUAAAAAUGUAUGCACACAUGACUGUAAGUCGCUUUGGAUAAAAGCGUCUGCUAAAUGGCAUAUUAUUAUUAUAGUCCACUGUCACACACUCCACUGUGAACACUGUGAGAGAGAGAGAGAGAGAGAGAGAAAGGUUAUUCUGCACUUUCUUGUUUCAAUGAAACCAGUGUAGGCCUACAAUAGAUUGUUGUACAAUGUGAACCUAAGAGCAUACUCUCCCUUCUGUACUUGUCAUUGUAAAUGUUCACAUACUCACCAUUUCAAUAUAAUUUGUUAGUUGAUUCAUCAAAGGGGAUACACUAUUAUUUCACACAACACCAUAUUUUAGUUCUGUGAUAUUGAAAUCAAAGUAGAUGUAAUGUGAAUGGUCCUUUCAGUAAUUCUGGGCUUAUCUCAUUCACUGAUGGAGUGACACAUGAAUCACACCGGAGCCAAUUAAAACCUCUGGAGCUAAUUUCAGCAGACCAAUUAUAUAUGGUGCUUAUUUCAGCUAAGUUAAUUAUCUCUUAAUGUUAUGUUUAUCUAAGAUUAAAGGAACAUGAGCUCAGACCAGGAGUCAAUCUCACAACAGAUCCACAUGCACUCUGCACCUGGUUACAACAUUACACUCCUCGUCCUGUAAUGUGGGACUACACUGUGUUUGUGAGGGUAUUGUUAAUCUCUAUGGCUCAUCAAAUGACCUUUUAAGUGAAGUAAUAAUCAUAUCAUAAUCAAAUUAGUUUAAUAACACUACACCACCAGUAGCUUUAUUAGACAGUAUUAAAAGCUUUCUAUCUGAGGGGUUGAACCUGUGUGAAUUAUAGUGAUUUGACUACAAGCCAUAGCUGUCAAGUCAAGAACAGUUUGUGAGAAAGUAACAGAGUUAUAGCUGGAAAACAGGAUUGCCCCAUCUAUUGACCGGGUUCCAGUUAGUAAAUAUGUCUGAGCACUCAGCACUUAACACGAGAGCGAGGGCAAAAUUGAAAACAAGAUUCAUUCCAUAUUUAGAUACACUACAUGAUGAAAAGUAUGUGGACACCUGCUCGUCGACCAUCUCAUUCCAAAAUCAUAGGCAUUAAUAUGGAGUUGGUCCACCCUUUGCUGCUAUAACAGCCUCCACUCUUCUGGGAAGGCUUUCCACUAGAUGUUGGAACAUUGCUGCGGGGACUUGCUUCCAUUCAUCUACAAGAGCAUUAGUGAGGUCGGGCACUGAUCUUGGGUGAUUAGGGCUGGAUCGCUGUCUGCGUUCCAAUUCAUCUCAAAGGUUUUCGAUGGGGUUGAGGUCAGGGCUCUGUGCAGGCCAGUCAAGUUCUUCCACACCGAUCUCUACAAACCAUUUCUGUAUGGACCUCGCUUUGUGCAUGGGGGCAUUGUCAUGCUGAAACAGGAAAGGGCCUUCCCCAAACUGCUGCCACAAAGUUGGAAGCGCAGAAUCGUCUAGAAUGUAAUUGUAUGCUGUAGUGUUAAGAUUUCCCUUCACUGGAACUAAGGGGACUAGCCCGAACCAUGAAAAACAGCCAUUAUUCCUACUCCACCAAACUUUAAAUUGAGGCACUAUGCAUUCAAGCAGGUAGCGUUUUCCUGGCAUCCGCCAAACCCAGAUUCAGCCAUCAGAUGGUGAAGCAUGAUUCAUCACUCCAGAGAACGCGUUUCCACUGCUCCAGAGUCCAAUGGCAGCGAGCUUUACACCACUCCAGCUGAUGCUUGGCAUUGCACAUGGUGAUUUUAGGCUUGUGUGCGGCUGCUCGGCCAUGGAAACACAUUUCAGGAAGUUCCCGACUAACAGUUAUUGUGCUGACGUUGCUUCCAGAGACAGUUUGGAACUCGGUAGUGAGUGUUACAUCUGAGGACAGACGAUUUUUACGUGCUACGCGCUUCAGCACUCAGCGGUCCCGUUCUGUGAGCUUGUGUGGCCUACCACUUCCUGGCUGAGCCGUUGUUGCUUCUAUACGUUUCCACUUCACAAUAACAGCACUUACAGUUGACCUGGGCAGCUCUAGCUGGACAGAAAUUUGACGAACUGACUUGUUGGAAAGGUAGCAUCCUAUGACGGUGCCAUGUUGAAAGUCACUGAGCCCUUCAGUAAAGCCAUUCUACUGCCAAUGUUUGUCUAUGGAGAUUGCAUGGCUGUGUGCUCGAUUUGAUACACCUGUCAGCAACGGUGUGGCUGAAAUAGCCGGAUCCACUAAUUUGAAGGUGUGUCCACAUACUUUUGUAUAUAUAGUGUAUUUAGAGCGAUCGUCUUUCUCCUCUCUCCUUUUAUCUUUGAUUGACUGAGAUCGCUGUGUCCCUCCAGCUCUCCAGCUAUGUGUAGAGUAGAACUGGUACCAUCACUACACACAGGGAUAAAUGAAUAUGUGUAAAUACAUACUGACAUUUAUUUUAAAACUAGUAAAAACAUCUGCAGGUGACAGAGCUUUGCACAUUGUUAGGUUGUGGAUGUGGAAUGCAUUUCAGUUUUGUCGGGGAAAAGGUCAAGCCUUUGUUGUUAUUUUGGUAGUCUUUAACACUUACAGCAGUCUCUUUGAUGACUUGUUCAUAAGAUAACGCUUUUAAGUUCCACCCUGGUUUUUGAUGUGUAUAUAACAAUGAUGUGUGUUUAUGUGUCAUGGAUAUGACUGUGGCAAAGUAUUUACAGAAUGGAAAUCUGUCUCUGCUUGUAUUGUGCCUCAAGGUUACACAGAACCACAGACAGACAGCGAGAGAGAGGAAUGGAACACCUGUCAGGCAAGAACCUGUAAUACUAACCAUCCGGAGCAAGCUGGACGGACAAUCACCUUCGCCACAACAACGCUCUCCAUCGUCAUCGGACAGAGAGGUCACACCAGAUGCCAACAAGUGGUCUCCUACUUUGCACAAUCCUCCGUGCCAAUCGGCCUCUGACAAAAUAACACAGGGCACAUGGGAUCUUUCCAGGGGAUCAAAUGAGAGCCAUACAUUACCUUUUACAGAGCCACUAAAGUCACCCCUCGAAAGCCUGGGUGUUGGUGAGAAAACCUUGGGGUGUAGUGUUUCCUCAGUCGGCCAGCAAGGCCAAGUUGAGAUAGCUAUAAAAACCGUUGGGGAGACAGAAAUACAAAUUGAGGAUAAAGUACAGGGUAAUAAUCUGUCUGAGUUACAUGCACAGGGAGACAGUUAUGAGAGAAGAGCUGAUAUGGAAACUGUUUAUGAAGUUAGCAAAGUUCAGGAAGGUGAAAUUGAAAGACUUACGAAAGCACCUGAAAAGAAAAACGUUGAAAGUAUAGCAGUGGCUUUAUUUGAUGAAAAGAGUAUACCUGUGUUGAAGAUAGCAGAAUGCCAAAUUCCACAUAUUCAAAAAAUGUGUUCUCCAAAUCCUUCUCUUAAUCCCCGCUUUCAGCCUAUUAUUCCAGACACAUCCCAGACGGCAGACACAACAACAAGUGUCCCAAACACAAACAUCUCAGAACAACAAACAAAAGCCCCAACACCUGUAGCCAUAGUAAUAUCUAAUGCCGAGCUUCUAAGGUCACAAAUGGAGAAAAGUGCCCCUACAGAAGUAAGUCCAGUGCCACCAAUUUCAGUGGCACCCAAUCCAGUGCCACCCAUUUCAGAGGCACCUAUUUCAGUAGCUACCAUUUCAAUGCCCCUUAUACCAAGUAUAAACACAGACAAACAACCUAAAUGUCCUCCAUCAACUGACAUACAGAAUGUGAGAAUGCAAAGUCCAGAGUUGAGGAUGGAUGAGACAGAGUACAGGCAGGAACCUGAGAAAGACACUUGUAAGAAGGAAACCGAUACGUCUGUCGGUUCUAUUUCAGCUUCAAAUGUAGAAUAUAGGUUUACUACCUCUGAACCAGAACGAGGUGAGUCUCCCAUAGUUAGUGCUAUGACUGAAGCCUCACCUAAAGCUUUUGAUAUUCCUCCUAUCUCUAUCAUAGACAUGGAUGGCACUUUAGAGAACAGUAAUCCUCCUGUAUGUAUAGUGACAGACAUUGAAAGUGUCAUGGGUACAGACCAGGAGCAUCUUUUGGAUCAUAAUGCUGAUAUUAGUCCGGCUGCGAAUAAGGAUGGUCAAAGGGAGUCUUCUCUUGUUACUCCAGAGCAGAAGUCCUCUGACAUUACAGUUCCUCCUACAUCUAUCUCAUCGGUUACCUUCACUGCAGAGAAACAACAAACACUAGAAAAUACAGUCAAAGGGAUGGAUUCUUCACACUCACUGCCUCCAGUGUUCAGCAGUCAACAUGGCAGAGACAAAAGGUGUGCUUCUCCCCUUUCGGAGCGUUCACAGGAAUCUAGCUCACUUCCUAGUGCCACUGAGAACCAAAGUAUUUCUACUAAAAAGCCAGGAUUUACAAACAACAUUGCAACCCCGAAAUUGCAACCUGUCAGUGAAAAACGGAGAGACUCUUCAUCAGAUACUGGUAUUAUUUUAGGUCGGAGGGAAGCAUGCAAACCUGAUGUUCCUCAGCCUGGUCCUCAGACUGUACGAAGGUUUGAUACCAAGGGUUCCCCAAGUAGUGAGACACAAGGGUCAGUACCUGUUCCCACCAUUCUGUUGGAUAGCAAAGGCUCUCCAUCCAAGGAGGUGAAAGUUGAGGAAAAUUCAAAGCCAGACUCUUCAACAUCUUUCCCAGUCACUGAAAGCAGUACUGGGCUGCUGAAGAGAUCAGACAGUGUGUCCCCCAUCCCCUCAGCCACCCCAAAGGAGCUGGCCUCCGGCGCUCGACGCAAAAUCUUAAUCCUGAAACCCAAAGGAGAGGACCCGGAAGUUGCUGCUUCACCAAUUGACACCUGGAGCCCCCAGAGAGAGGAGGUCCCCAGGAUGAGCUCCAGGCUCUCCCCAGAGUCCUCCUCUCCCAUGUCCCCUGGUCUGUCCCGCAGGUCGCCCCUGCUGCAGCCCCCCAACGGCCAGCACACCCCUCCAACAGAGAGACGCUCCCCACUGCUCAGUAGGAGGAAGCUGGCUCCAACCUCAGAGUCCCCCAAACAGAGCCAGGAACCUGCCCUGGAAACAACCGACACUGCCAAGACUGAGGAGAAACCAGCUGAGAAGGACAAGCAUAACCCAUUCAAAGGUAAACUCCUUUCAAGAUAUAUCAGCUUAGUGUAAAAAAAAAUGUGCCAUGCUUUUAGAGAGUAGCUAGUCUUAUUCAAUUAAAUUAACCAUUGGAGUCAGUGUAGUUUCCUUUGGCUAAGCUCCAGUAGGGAGUGUUAUCGAGAGCCUCCGUGCUUCCUACUCUUGUUUGCUUUGACACUGUCACGAGAUGGGGCGUUAGUCAUAGAAAUAGAAUGAAUAGAACUGGCUUGCAACCUCUAAACCUGGCAAUUUGACUGGGGACGCCCGUUCUAUUCAUUGUAUUUCUAUGGGGCCAGCUACUUGCCAGGGGGGUUUAAAUGGAGGCUUAACUGAAAUAGUAUCCAUAUUACUUAAAGUUAGGAAGCUGAAACAUAAGUAAGUGUUUAUCUUUACCUAGUUGUGCCUGUCUGUCGGGGGUCCCUUUCUUACUGGCACUACUCUCUCUCUCUCCCCUCCUCUCUUUACCCCCCCCCUCUCCAGCUCCUCAGGUCAUCAGGAAGAUUAGAGGAGAACCCUUCUCUGAUGCGGCAGGACAUCUGAAGCUGUGGUGCCAGUUCUUCAACGUUCUUAGUGACUCCACCAUCAAGUGGUUCAGGGAUGAGGUGGAGAUCGCUGAGGUUAAAAGAAGGUAAGUCCUCCAUGCAGGCUGCCUUGACGUGAAAUACUGUAGCCAAAAUUUGGAAAAUAGAGUUCAUAAAAGGGAUCAACAAUAAAAUAAUCACUAUCAAAGCCAGUUUUCCUGAUGGCCACAAUGUAAAGGUGUUAUAGAGACACCAUGUGGCUGAGCAAUUCUAUAGUUAGAGCUUUCUGAAACUGUUUAUUUUGCUGUUCUGUCCAUCCCUGACUCCUGUGUGUUUCCCAGUGCAGGAGAUGAGACUCAGGUAGCGUUGGCUAUUGUCCAGACGUCCAGCAGAGACUGUGGAGUUUAUGGCUGCACCAUCACUAAUGAAUACGGGACAGACACAACAGACUUCCUACUCAGUGUUGACAGUAUGUACACUAGUGUCUCAGUUCAAUUUCUGAAGUUUGACUUGUUUCAACACGUUAUCUCCUAUAUCUUUCUGUCUCUGAUCUCUCAUUCUGUCUACUCUGUCUCUUUUUUGCAGUACUCUCUGGCAUGUUUCUGCGUGAGGAUCAAGAAGGUAAGAUUACAUUUGUCUAUUAUUUGUUAGGAUUUACUUGGUGUUCAAUACUGUCCGGUCACACCCCAUUAUUAGCCUUGCGAGGCACCUGAUCCCCAAGCUUACAGUGGCUUGCGAAAGUAUUCACCCCCCUUGGCAUUUUUCCUAUUUUGUUGCCUUACAACCUGGAAUUAAAAUGGAUUUUUGGGGGGUUUGUAUCAUUUGAUUUACACAACAUGCCUACCUCUUUGAAGAUGCAACAUAUUUUUUCUUGUGAAACAAACAAGAAAUAAGACAAAAAAACAGAAAACUUGAGCGUGCAUAACUAUUCACCCCCCCCACCCCCAAAGUCAAUACUUUGUAGAGCCACCUUUUGCAGCAAUUACAGCUGCAAGUCUCUUGGGGUAUGUCUCUAUAAGCUUGGCACAUCUAGCCACUGGGAUUUUUACCCAUUCUUCAAGGCAAAACUGCUCCAGCUCCUUCAAGUUGGAUGGGUUCCGCUGGUGUAUAGCAAUCUUUAAGUCAUACCACAGAUUCUCAAUUGGAUUGAGGUCUGGGCUUUGACUAGGCCAUUCCAAGACAUUUAAAUGUUUCCCCAUUAACCACUCCAGUGUUGCUUUAGCAGUAUAAACCACCAUGCUUCACUGUGGGGAUAGUGUUCUCGGGGUGAUGAGAGGUGUUGGGUUUGCACCAGACAUAGUGUUUUCCUUGAUGACCAAAAAGCUCAGUUUUAGUCUCAUCUGACCAGACUACCUUCUUCCAUAUGUUUGGGGAGUCUCCCACAUGCCUUUUGGCAAACACCAAAUGUGUUUGCUUCUUUUUUACUUUAAGCAAUGGCUUUUUUCUGGCCACUCUUCCGUAAAGCCCAGCUCUAUGGAGUGUACGGCUUAAAGUGGUCCUAUGGACAGAUACUCCAAUCUCCGCUGUGGAGCUUUGCAGCUCUUUCAGUGUUAUCUUUGGUCUCUUUGUUGCCUCUCUGAUUAAUGCCCUCCUUGCCUGGUCCGUGGGUUUUGGUGGGCGGCCCUCUCUUGGCAGGUUUGUUGUGGUGCCAUAUUCUUUCCUUUUUUUAAUAAUGGAUUUAAUGGUGCUCCAUGGGAUGUUCAAAGUUUCGGAUAACCCAACCCUGAUCUGUACUUCUCCACAACUUUGUCCCUGACCUGUUUGAAGAGCUCCUUGGUCUUCAUGGUACCGCUUGCUUGGUGGUGCCCCUUGCUUAGUGGUGUUGCAGACUCUGGGGCCUUUCAGAACAGGUGUAUAUAUACUGAGAUCAUGUGACAGAUCAUAUGACACUUAGAUUGCACACAGGUGGACUUUAUUUAACUAAUUAUGUGACUUCUGAAGGUAAUUGGUUGCACCGGAUCUUAUUUAGGGGCUUCAUAGCAAAGGGGGUGAAUACAUAUGCACGCACCACUUUUCUGUUAUUUAUUUUUUUGAAUUGUUUGAAACAAGUUAUUUUUUUAAUUUCACUUCACCAAUUUGGACUAUUAUGUGUAUGUCCAUUACAUGAAAUCCAAAUAAAAAUAAAUUUAAAUUACAGGUUGUAAUGCAACAAAAUAGGAAAAACACCAAGGGGGAUGAAUACUUUUGCAAGGCACUGUACAUGAAUGGUUAGCUCCGUUCAGCAAACCAUUCGUGUAAGCUUGUGGGAUCAGGCGGCUCACGAGGCUACCUCAUAAUACCACUUCCAGUGCAUUAUAUUUGAUGAUCUUUCCUCUCUACAGUGGGAGAGGAGAUAGAGAUGGUCCCACUGCUGUUCACCAAGGGCCUGGCUGACUCUGGCGUCUGGGGAAGCAAGCUCUUUGGGCGUAUCAUGAUGGAGGAGGCCCAUAUAGGAGAGGGCUGCUCCCACAAGGCCUGCAGGGUGAAGGUCAUCUAUGGGCUGGAGCCGGUGUUUGAGUCUGGGACCACCUGUUACAUCAAGGUGAAGAGCCCCAUCGCCUACUACGGAGCCAAGGAGGAGAGUAACCUGAUCGAGAGGAACCUGGCAAUCACCCAACAGGUGAAAGGUUUUCAUUAUUUUACAUAAACUAAAUGUUUAAAGGGAAUCAAUGUUUCUCGGUAGUAAAAAAAUAUAAAAAGAUUGGGCCAUAUUAUUGAUGUUAUGAAAGGAAUCGCAAAAACAUUUAGUCAAAGCUCUGACCCCUAACCCAAUUCAAGUUUUUCUGUCUGAUCAUAAAUGUAAUCUUCUUUCCAAAAGGAAUGUAGAAUUCAGAACCUCGCUCGUGAAUACUGCAAGAUCUUUGCUGCGGAAUGUAGGGUGAUAGGAACCUUUGGAGUAGCGCUGGAGUGAGUGAGAUCAUCAAAAUGAUUUGAAACGUAUUAUUUCACUACUUUGUUUACUCCUCUGUCAUACCACAGUGUGUGUAUUUUCUUGGUUACACAGAGUGAUCCCAGUCUACCUUAUGUACCGGCCUGCCAACACCAUUCCCCACGCUACGGUGGAGUCUGACCUGAAGGGGGUUUAUCUGAGGUACUGUCUGAUGGACGCUACAGGCCGGCUGGUCAUGAGAACUGGCUCAGAGGCUGCACUGAAGUGUUGUGCUCUGCAGCACUGGAUCCUCCAGUGGACCAAUGGAAACCUGCUGCUCACUCGGAUGGAAGGUACAGUGUCCAUAGUCUCGGAUGGAAGGUACAGUGUCCAUAGUCUCGGAUGGAAGGUACAGUGUCCAUAGUCUCGGAUGGAAGGUACAGUGUCCAUAGUCUCGGAUGGAAGGUACAGUGUCCAUAGUCUCGAAUGGAAGGUACAGUGUCCAUAGUCUCGGAUGGAAGGUACAGUGUCCAUAGUCUCGGAUGGAAGGUACAGUGUCCAUAGUCUCGGAUGGAAGGUACAGUGUCCAUAGUCUCGGAUGACUAACUCUACCAGGACAUUGUUUGGGCUGAAUAACAGAACAGGUGAAAUUAACUUUAAUUUUAUGUGAUUGUGUUGCAGGUGUUGACUUCAAGAUCACAAAUGUUGGAAUUUCCAUCAAAUCGAAAGGGUUGGUAGGCCUAUAAUUUUUUCUGUUGUAUUUUCUGAACAUUGUGUUCUAGAGAUAUUCAUGACUACAUAGACCAUUUACAAUUACAAUACUGUAAUAACAAACUGUGGCACAAAGCUCUGUCAACAAACUGUUCCUUUACUCAUCUGUAACAUUGAAUCUAUUGUAAUUAUUCCAGGUACCAAAGUCUCAGGAUCACAGAGAACCCCAAUGUGUUUGAGCAGUUUGUCUCUCAGCACCAGUGUAACUACUACUGCGGCCUCCUCAGCCUGAGGUCACUGAAGACACAGGACUCCCUGCAGACUCCAGCCAAACCCAAGGGUUCCAGGAGCCCCCUGCUCCACCGCAAGAUGGGCGGCUCCUCCAGGUAUGAACCACUGCACUUAAAGGAAAUCUCCACCCAAAAACGAACUUUUGGUAUUUGUUUCAUUAGUCUAUUGUUGAUAUAGUCCCAAAUUGUUUUUCAUGUCAGCAAUCAAGUUUUCAAGAUGUGUAACUUUCAAAAUACUGAAAUCUGGACCGUAUUAUGCAUUUAAAACACAGCAUCAUAGGAUGCAAAAUGCAUCAUUCAGGCCAGAUUUCUGUAUUUUGAAAACUUGAUUGCUGACAUGCAAAACAUUUUGGGACUAUAUCAACUAUGGGAUAAUGAAACAAAUACCAAAAUAUAGUUUUUGGAUGGAGUUUUCCUUUAACCCCCAAAUCCUCUCCAUCCAGGGGCACUGUGGCUGAUCCUGUGCCUCUCAACAUGUGUCUGGGGGCUGUUGGUAAAAAGGUAGAAGUUGAAUUUCUGUGCUAACCAAAUUGAUUAAUACAGUACAUAUUCUAUUCAGUCCCCAGCCCUCCAGGAAGGCCACAGGAAGCCCCAGGCUGACCAGAAAGCCAGCACAGCCAGAGGACAGCAAAGCCACCGCCAAGCACAUGGCCAAUGAUGUCCCCAAUGUUGUCUGAAGUUAGAAUGGCUUCAUCGGCCGUAGAGAGCAAGCAACUGCUUUUCUCAAUAAAGAUAAUAAAUGCUGAACCAGAUAUGGAUUUACUGCCAGACUUGUCCUCCCACCUAUAGAGCUUUGGGGGAGCUGGGAGCCGGUCUGGGAUGAAAGGCUGGUGACCCCUCCUCCAAGCUGUGACACACAGACAGACAGACAGACAGACAGACAGACAGACAGACAGACAGACAGACAGACAGACAGACAGACAGACAGACAGACAGGACAGACAGACAGACAGACAGAAAGACAGAAAGACAGAGACAGACAGACACAGAGCCCUGCGUCCCAAAAGAAAGAUGAGAUCAGAAGGAGAAAGAGAAGGUCAGGAGAAUAA